GAUAGUGUGUCUCCCCCCUACUCCUUUACAUGUGCGUAUACCAUGUCUUAAGUCUAUGUAUGAAAUGCGCCGCAGAUUUUUUUAUUAGACUUCGGACAUGUCUGUCACGCUUCACACGGACGUCGGGGACUUGAAGAUAGAACUGUUCUGCGAGGGGUGUCCGAAAACGUGUGAGAAUUUCUUAGCGCUGUGUGCAAGCGACUACUACAAUGGCUGCACUUUCCAUCGCAACAUCAAAGGGUUCAUCGUGCAGACCGGGGACCCCACGCAGACGGGGAAAGGAGGCAACUCCAUUUGGGGGAAGAAGUUUGAGGAUGAAUUCAAAGAAGACUUGAAGCACAGUGUACGAGGUAUGGUGUCCAUGGCUAAUAAUGGACCUAAUACUAACAGUAGCCAGUUUUUCAUCACAUACUCGCCCCAGCCUCACUUGGACCUGAAGUACACCUUGUUUGGCAAAGUGAUCGAUGGAUUUGAUGCAUUGGACGACCUUGAAAAACUCCCAGUGAACCCAAAGAACUACAAGCCUCUCACAGAGACGAGAAUCAACAGUGUUACAAUACAUGCAAACCCUCUUGCUGGUUGAAGUGUGCAGAAAGUUUUGGUGACCACUUAGUAUAUUUCUUAUAUCAGAAUGUGAGGAAGAAAUACCAUCAAGAAAGUGCUAGUGUGUGAAGUUGAAUGAUAGUUUAGUUUUUAAAUAGUAAUGUUUUCAAUCUAAAAUAUCCCAUUUUUUUUUGAUAAGAAAAUGAUAAAAAGAAUUUACAGUGAAUUUUUAGCAUAUUUUUGGCAGCAUGUUUGAUUGAACUAGAUAUAUCUGCAACUGACUGCUAUACUACCAUACUGAUUUUUUUUCCUUCUGUUAUGCUAUAUAAUUUUUUUAUUUUAAAAAAUCAUUUCAUCAAAUAAAUUAUUCACAAAUAUUUUUAACUGCAUACAAAAAUUGUUGUUACCAUAAAAUUUUAAAUCAAUUUUGAGAGUGAUUUAUAAAACAAAAACAAUGUGAUCAUGUCAACUAACAUUAAAUGUAAUUUCUCUUUGUUGUAA